ACAAGUUGGUAAUGAAAAACAAAAUACUAUAAGUAUGUAUGAAGAACCUAUUCUAAUUUUAAACAACGUUCUGUAAGUUUCGUCAGUUGAGAAAGUGUGAUCAGGGAAAGCGGUUGUGCAUUAGUUGCAAUCUGGCACUCGUUCGACAAACAGAAGGGGAAAGCUUAGUGAAUUGUUUUUCGCGACUCGGGAAACCAACAGCAGUUCUAAUCAGUUUUAUUUUUACAUGUCGUGAAAGUCAAGUGCGCAGUUAGCAUCAAGUGUUCUGACGGGUGACCCCGCAUCAUAUAGCAGAUAUGCUUUUCGUACUGGUUUAUUGAACCUAAAUUUGAACAAGUGUUGCUUAAUGGAGUGAUAACUAAAUUGUGUAAUAAAGUUAUCAUAAAAAGAAAUAAAACUCUAAGGUACUUAGUUUAGAGAAGUGAAGAAGUACAUGUAUUCCUUAUAUAACCGUCCAACGAAAAUUGAAAAAAUCGUUCGAUCAAGCUUUGUGUAUUGUGCAAAAAUGUUCAAGAAAAAAUAAAUCAAACAUUCUUCAAAGGGGAUUAGAUUUGUUGUUAUAAAGCUGUAGUGAAGAUCGUUCCGGAAUCAAUCAUUAUAAAGCAAAGUUCACAGAAUUCAAUUCAGGUUGACGGAAUCGUUCAAAACUAUCAGUUUUACAAUUGUACAUACUUGCGAAGGCUAGAGAAGAACGGAAACGGUCAUUUGUCCACCUACAGCUAGUUAUGGGAUUGGAUUUCAUCGAGGGAGGCAGCGCCGAUUACGAAAAUGCACUUAUUUUAGCCGGAUUCGGAAAAUUCCACUUCCUGCUGCUGACAAUAUGUGGUUUAAUUUACGCAAAUACAGCGGUCGGCAUUACAAUCAUUUCUUUCGUCCUACCGUCGGCGACGUGUGAUUUUCAAAUGAAAUCGGAGGAUAAAGGAUGGCUAACUGCUGCGCCGAUGCUAGGAAUGGUGAUUGGCUCAUAUUUCUGGGGUUGUCUAGCCGAUACCAAGGGAAGGCGUAUCGUAUUGAUAGCAGCAUUGCUGUUGGAUGGCCUGUCUGGUUUACUCUCGUCAGUAACGCAAAUUUUCGGACUGUUUAUGCUGCUGAGGUUUAUCAAUGGAUUCGCAAUAACUGGUGCGAUGGGAAUAUGCUUUCCAUACCUUGGGGAAUUUCAACCGACGAAAUAUCGAGAAAAGGUACUUUGUUGGAUGGAAAUGUUCUGGACAGUUGGAAUUAUUCUGCUGCCAAUAAUUGCCUGGUUAUUAAUCCCAUUGAAAUUUCACAUUAGCUACGAGUUCACAUUUGGUGAAACCCAAGCAGCAUGGUCGUUUAGCAGCUGGAAUCUAUUCGUCGCAGUUUGUGCACUUCCCAGUUUGGUUUUGGGUGUCGGCCUAUAUAUGUUCCCGGAAAGCCCAAAAUUCUUAAUCGAAUGCGGUGAAACUGAUUUAGCACUAGAGAUUAUUAAAGAUAUCUACGAAACAAAUUCUGGGCGUGAUAGGUCGGAAUAUCCCGUAGAAGUUUUGAAAAGAAGUGAGAAGGCUAACAGCGUCAUGGAUACUCACAACAGAUCGAUACGAACAUUGAGUAUACGAAAGCCAAACCAUUUGAAAAUACUUUUUAGUGAAAUUUGGGACCAAACCAAAGCUCUAUGCAAACCACCACACCUGAAGAAUACAAUUUUGACAUGCAUAAUCCAAUUCGGCAUCACCAGCAGUUACUACACGCUGAUGAUUUGGUUUCCCGAGCUGUUCGAUAGAUUUGAGGAAUAUGAAAAGCGAUUUCCCAACACCCCGGCCUCAGUCUGCGAUGUCUCGUCGAUAGUGUUGGAUAACGUUAAUGGCACACUGGUGGACGAUUUCUGUGGCGGUUCAAUUGACACUAGCGUAUAUUUGCAUACUCUGUUUAUUGGACUCGCUUGUAUUCCCACCAGCUUUUGGCUACCCUUGUGCGUACAUCGGCUGGGUGCGAAAUUCUUCCUAAUAUCAAGCUUGCUUCUGGCAGGAGCGGUAACAGUGGGACUGUAUUUCGUGAUCGACUCUAAGCAGAAUCUCGUUCUGUCAUGCGUUUUCGAAGCGUUGACAUCGAUGGCGAUCAGUACCGUUUAUUGCGUUAUGGUCGAUCUGUUUCCAACAAAUUUGAGGGUUAUGGCCGCUGCAUUAUCUUUAACAUUUGGACGGGGAGGAGCUUUGAUAGGAAAUUUACUCUUCGGAUAUUUAAUCGAUCUGAAUUGUGUAGUACCAGUUGUGAUAUUCUCGAUUAUGUUAUUUAUUAGCGGUGCAUUGUGUUUUUUCUUGCCGAGCACAGGAAGUGAAGCAUUAGAUUAGUUAGCCAUAAUGCCUAAAUGUAUUAUAGGGUUUUACGAUACUACUUAUAAUUUAUCUGUACCAAGGGUUAUGUAAAUUACUAUUGAAUAAACGUGAUUAUGUCGUUAAGAUAAAA